AUUACAUUAGAGAAGAGUAAUUCUGUUCUGGUGUAGAAAUUCCAAUGGUGGAGUGGAGUUACUUUGAGGAAAGAAUCUUCAGUUCGGGCGCUCGCUAGGGCAGCAAACACAAGGGGGUGGGAGAGACUUAAAUUCGGAGCUUUUCCAGAGCUUUCUUGCCAAGAAAGAAACAAUGGACGGUGGCAAUGACGAUGAUCCUUUAUCGCCGGACCUUUCUUGCCAAGAAAAUCCUGAAUUUUUGUACGAUGAGGUGCCAGUUGAAAACCCAGAUGACGGCAUCAACAACUUAAUCGACAUAGAGAUCGGAUUCGGGUUCCAGAGAGAUGAAGCUUUGAUCAUUCCCAACUGGGUUUUGGAAGUUCGAUCGGAAUCCAUCACAUGGGCUCUCAACAAAACAGCAGCAUUUGGGUUUCAAUCCUCAACAGUAGUAUACUUGUUCGUUACAUACUUCGAUCGGUUCAUUUCUCUGACGUCCAUCGCCACGCCUAUUGUAGAAGAAAGACCUGAAAUUAGAUUGCUUUCGGUGGCCUGCCUUUCGUUGGCGGCAUGGACGGAGAGGAUGAUGCUCCCACCGCUGUCACAACACGAAGACGGAGAUUACUUCUUUGCAACGGGAUCUAUUGUACAAAAGGCGCACGGGGUGGUGACAGCAUUAGGAUGGGACAUGGAUAUAAUCACACCCUUCGCGUUUCUCGAUUACUUGGUCUCCAAGUUAUGGCAAGAAUUUCCACCAGAUGUGAAAUUUCAGAUUGCAGCACACCUCCGUUCUGUAAUGACAGAGAUCAAUUUAAUGCAUCAUCGGCCGUCCGCCGUAGCAGCUGCCGCCACCUUAAUGGCAUUGGAUCAGAAUUUAACUAAUGAAUCAUUGAAUGUCAGGAUAUCGGUUCCUGAUUUGAAUUUUUUGGAAACUGACGCUGUGUUUUUCUUGUACCAUCUAAUGCAGGAGCGGUUAGGUGGUUGAAAGUAAAUAACCCAAAAGGUGCAGUAAAUGUUGUAGAAAAUUCUUCAGUUACAGCAGAGAAGUGAUUCUGUUGAUAAAUAGUAAAUAGUAAAUGGGAAAGAGAAGAGAUGAGGUGCCUUGGUGAGAUUUCAUGCGUUUGUGUUGCAUGUUGGCCAUCAAAAUUCAAGAGAGUUUUGUAAAGAUUUGAUUUGUUUGAAUGUUUGGGGUAUGUUUUUCUAGGCGGGCCCUACUAUGUUCUUCCUUAUAAGCAUUUUGGUUGGUUGGCUGUGUAGUGCUGAGGUGUCAGCAAACCCAAGACAUUGUGGGAUCAAUAGGUUUUUCUAUGCUAAUCAUAUUUUGACAAAGUUAAUUAAUGGUUACUUUUUAAUCACGACGAGAUGGUCCAAUAGUUGGGAAUGAGUUCCAGAUCCAUAUUCAUCCGGCACAUCCUAAGUUACAAUCCUAACACAAGUGAAU